AUGAUGGAAGAAAAUGCACAUGGUGAUGAUGUAAAUCAAAGUAAUGAAAAAGAUGAAGACGCUUCGGAGGCUGGAAAUGAACUUGUAGGAGUUGUCUUUGAUGAGAAUUUAUUGGAACUUCUGGAGUUAACAAUGUCAUCAAACACAGCUGAAACUGUGAAAAGAGCCAAAGAACUGAUGGAAUUGGGAGUUUACCCUAUGGUCCUCAUGUCUCAAAUGGCUACACUUAUUAUGGACAUUAUUGCUGGACCAUAUCAAGUAAUUGAAGCUAGUGCUGACUCAUUGUUUGAUGGUAGAAGCUCCUCGGAAUCCAUACGAGACAUUGGAGCAGUUGCAAGUUCUCGGGCUGCUGAAAUUGGGCUUGAUAUUCUAGCACAAACAAUCCAGGUGUCACCUAGUUAUUAA